AUGGGGGACUCCAGGGACCUUUGUCCUCAUCUUGACUCGAUAGGGGAGGUGACCAAAGAGGACUUGCUGCUCAAAUCCAAGAGCACCUGUCAGUCAUGUGGGGUUUCUGGACCCAACCUGUGGGCCUGUCUCCAGGUCUCUUGCUCCUACGUCGGCUGCGGAGAAUCCUUCGCUGACCACAGCACCCUCCAUGCACAGGCAAAAAAGCACAAUCUGACGGUGAACCUGACCACGUUCAGGGUGUGGUGCUACGCCUGCGAAAAGGAAGUGUUCCUGGAGCCGCGGCUGGCGGCCCACCCGCCUGGCCCUGCGCCCAAGUUCUCAGAGCAGGAUUCUCCACCGCCCUCCCACCCUCUGAAAGCCGUCCCCAUUGCUGUGGCAGACGAAGGAGAGUCCGAGUCGGAGGACGAUGACCUCAAGCCACGAGGCCUCACGGGCAUGAAGAACCUCGGCAACUCCUGCUACAUGAACGCGGCCCUGCAGGCCCUGUCCAACUGCCCCCCACUCACCCAGUUCUUCUUGGAGUGUGGAGGCCUGGUGCGCACAGACAAGAAGCCAGCCCUGUGCAGAAGUUAUCAGAAGCUGGUCUCUGAGGUCUGGCACAGGAAACGCCCCAGCUACGUGGUUCCCACCAGCCUGUCCCACGGGAUCAAGUUGGUCAACCCAAUGUUCCGAGGCUAUGCCCAGCAGGACACCCAGGAAUUCUUGCGCUGCCUGAUGGACCAGCUGCACGAGGAACUCAAGGAGCCUGUGGUGGCCACAGCGGCAGCGCUGACUGAGGCGCGGGACUCGGACUCCAGCGACACGGAUGAGAAGCGGGAGGGCGACCGGAGCCCCUCAGAGGACGAGUUCCUGUCCUGCGACUCCAGCAGUGACCGCGGCGAGGGCGACGGGCAGGGGCGCAGCGGCGGAGGCUCCCAGGCCGAGGCGGAGCUGCUGAUGGCGGACGAGGCAGGCCGCGCCAUCUCCGAGAAGGAGCGCAUGAAGGACCGCAAGUUCUCCUGGGGCCAGCAACGCACCAACUCGGAGCAGGUGGACGAGGACGCCGACGUGGACACCUCCAUGGCCGCCUUGGAGCAGCAGCCCCCGGAGACGGAGCAACCUUCCCCGCGCUCCACCAGUCCCUGCCGGACUCCAGAGCCGGACAAUGAGGCACACAUGCGCAGCACUUCCCGGCCCUGCAGCCCCGUCCACCACCACGAGGGCCAUGCCAAGCUGGCCAGCAGCCCUCAUCGUGCGAGCCCCGUGAGGAUGGGGCCUGCCUACGUGCUCAAGAAAGCCCAGGUCCCCGGCAGCCGGCGGCGGAAGGAGCAGAGCUACCGCAGCGUCAUCUCAGACAUCUUUGACGGCUCCGUCCUCAGCCUCGUGCAGUGUCUCACCUGUGACCGGGUGUCCACCACGGUGGAGACAUUCCAGGACCUGUCACUGCCCAUUCCUGGCAAGGAGGACUUGGCCAAACUCCACUCGGCCAUCUACCAGAACGUGCCAGCCAAGCCGGGCGCCUGCGGGGACAGCUAUGCUGCCCAGGGCUGGCUUGCCUUUAUUGUGGAGUAUAUCCGACGGUUUGUGGUAUCCUGUACCCCUAGCUGGUUUUGGGGGCCAGUCGUCACCCUGGAAGACUGCCUGGCUGCCUUCUUUGCUGCUGAUGAGCUGAAGGGUGACAACAUGUACAGCUGUGAACGGUGUAAAAAGCUACGCAACGGGGUGAAGUACUGUAAGGUCCUGCGGUUGCCGGAGAUCCUGUGCAUUCACCUGAAGCGCUUUAGGCACGAGGUCAUGUACUCUUUCAAGAUCAGCAGCCACGUGUCCUUCCCCCUCGAGGGGCUUGACCUGCGCCCCUUCCUCGCCAAGGAGUGCACGUCCCAGAUCACCACCUAUGACCUUCUCUCGGUCAUCUGCCACCAUGGCACGGCAGGCAGUGGCCACUAUAUCGCCUACUGCCAGAACGUGAUCAACGGGCAGUGGUAUGAGUUCGACGACCAGUACGUCACCGAGGUCCACGAGACAGUGGUGCAGAACGCGGAGGCCUACGUGCUCUUCUACAGGAAGAGCAGCGAGGAAGCUGUGCGCGAGCGGCAGCAGGUGGUGUCCCUGGCUGCCAUGCGGGAGCCCAGCCUGCUGCGGUUCUAUGUGUCCCGGGAGUGGCUCAACAAGUUCAACACCUUUGCCGAGCCAGGGCCCAUCACCAACCACACGUUCCUCUGCUCCCACGGAGGGAUCCCGCCCAACAAAUAUCACUACAUCGACGACCUGGUGGUGAUCCUGCCGCAGAACGUGUGGGAGCACCUCUACAACAGGUUUGGGGGCGGCCCCGCCGUGAACCAUCUGUACGUGUGCUCCAUCUGCCAGGUGGAGAUCGAGGCUCUGGCCAAGCGCAGGCGGGUGGAGAUCGACACCUUCAUCAAGCUGAACAAGGCAUUCCAGGCGGAGGAGUCGCCCAGCGUCAUCUACUGUAUCAGCAUGCAGUGGUUCCGAGAGUGGGAGGCCUUCGUCAAGGGCAAGGACAAUGAGCCCCCGGGGCCCAUUGACAACAGCAGGAUCGCACAGGUCAAAGGGAGCGGCCACGUCCAGCUGAAGCAGGGAGCUGACUACGGGCAGAUCUCCGAGGAGACCUGGGUGUACCUGAACAACCUCUACGGUGGUGGCCCCGAGAUCGCCAUCCGCCAGAGCGUGGCUCAGGUCCCGGACCCAGAGAGCUUGCACGGUGAACAGAAGAUCGAAGCCGAGACCCGGGCCUUGUGA